CCUAAGUGGAGUGAGGGUAGCAGCUGCUGGGAGUGGUGGCCACGUGCGAUGGGGCGCUGUGCUGCGUAGGGUGCAGAUGCGCGCGGGCUACCAGGGGUGGCGGACACUCUCCCCGCGUUCCUGGCCUCCACAUCUUAGCUGGCUCACUCCCCUUGCGAGGCUAACGCUCCUGGUACCUGUGUCCUUUCCUUCCAGAGCGGCGUUGUCUCCAACCUCCAUCUCCGACCCUCCUCCCUCCCCCGACUCUCUCCUAUCCGCGCGAUGUAGUGCGGAUCUCGGAUCCAGUGGCCAUAGAGGUCCAGGGAUAAGCCCGGCAGCUGCAUCCUUGUAGCGGCUCUGCUUGGCCGCUCCGGUUCCUGCUUGCUUGCUUACGCCGUCCUACACAGAAGCGGACCUGCUCCAGGUGCCUCCCAGGGCCGUCAAUCCGUUGGCUACACACUCCUGGCUUCCUGGGCUCAGCUGAAAAGCAAGGGCCGGCGGCGCAAUUCUUGUGCUAUUGGGAGGCCAAGUGAAACUGAAGUGGUGCUGAAGAUGGGCCCAGUAGGUGCAGAGGCAGAUGAGAACCAGACUGUAGAAGCGAAGGUGGAGCUCUAUGGGCCGGGGCACACCACUCCUAGAGGUGAGCUCCCCCCUGAUCCCGAGCCGGAGCUCAUAGACAGCACCAAGCUGGUUGAGGUGCAGGUGGUCCUCAUAUUGGCCUAUUGCUCCAUCAUCUUGCUGGGGGUUGUUGGCAACUCUCUGGUAAUCCAUGUGGUGAUCAAAUUCAAGAGCAUGCGCACAGUAACCAACUUUUUCAUUGCCAACCUGGCUGUGGCGGAUCUUUUGGUGAAUACCCUGUGCCUACCAUUCACUCUUACCUAUACCUUAAUGGGGGAGUGGAAAAUGGGUCCAGUCCUGUGCCAUUUGGUGCCCUAUUCUCAGGGUCUGGCAGUACAAGUGUCCACAAUAACUCUGACAGUCAUUGCUCUCGACCGCCAUCGCUGCAUUGUCUACCACCUGGAAAGCAAGAUCUCCAAGCGAAUCAGCUUCCUGAUCAUUGGUCUGGCCUGGGGCAUCAGUGCCCUGCUGGCAAGCCCCCUGGCCAUCUUCCGGGAGUACUCCCUGAUUGAGAUCAUUCCUGACUUUGAGAUAGUGGCCUGUACUGAGAAGUGGCCUGGCGAGGAGAAGAGUGUCUACGGCACAGUCUACAGCCUGUCCACCUUACUAAUCCUGUACGUUUUGCCUCUGGGCAUCAUAUCUUUCUCCUACGCCCGUAUCUGGAGUAAGCUGAAGAACCAUGUCAGCCCAGGAGCCGCAAGUGACCAUUACCAUCAGCGAAGGCACAAAACAACCAAAAUGCUGGUGUGUGUGGUAGUGGUGUUUGCAGUCAGCUGGCUGCCCCUCCAUGCCUUCCAGCUUGCUGUGGACAUUGACAGCCAUGUCCUGGACUUGAAGGAGUACAAACUCAUCUUCACAGUGUUCCACAUUAUUGCCAUGUGCUCCACCUUUGCCAACCCCCUUCUCUAUGGCUGGAUGAACAGCAACUAUAGGAAGGCUUUCCUUUCUGCCUUCCGGUGUGAGCAGAGGAUGGAUGCCAUUCACUCGGAGGUGUCUAUGACCUUCAAGACUAAAAAGAACUUAGAAGUUAAAAAGAACAAUGGCCCCACUGACUCUUUUUCAGAGGCUACCAAUGUCUAAGAAAAGAGGUGUGGAGGCACAUGGAUGAGUUGUGACCAGAGAUACCAAUCUGGUUAGUGAAGGUUUUCUAACCAGUGCAUGCUGACCUCCCAUUGUAUUGACUAAAAAGCAUCGGCAGUAUCAUUCCUGGGAAACUGGCUGGCAGAGCUGAGGUGAAAAUGAGCAAAUUGCUCUGGUUCCAUGGUGUGAUUACUGGUGCUUAGAUGGUAGGUUGGAUUACGAGAAAGGAGGGAAAUACUUGUAACUGUUUUCCCAGAGUUUCCCAGGAAACCUGAACAAGGAAUUGGUAUCAGUAUAGCUAAAAGGUAGAGGUAAGUAUUAACUCUGAACGCACAGUAGGAUCUGCAUUGGGGAUGCUGUGGACUCCACUGCUCCCCCAUUACUUGAUGAAAAGCUGCUGAACAAACUCAGAUUCCCCUAGGGAGCCCUAGGCUCUCUGGUAUGGUGUUUUGGUUUUAUUGCCCUUCCUAAGAUGAAACCCAAAUGAGAAUGCUGUCCGUAACCAUUGCUUGUAACUAAUGGGAUGACAUCAAGACAACUUCAAGAGAGUAAACACAUUUGGUGUACAGUGAUGGGGGAAAUGCUUAUGUACACAGCAAGCAAUUAACUGUUAUUAAAAUCAAAUGUACAAUUGUCGGAAGUUUCUUUUAUUCAGAAUCAAAUUCUGAAAUUAUUGGGCUUAAAAGAAAUAGAAAUUAUUGUUUGAUUUCUUGUUUUGAGUCACUUCUACUCCGUAACUACUGUUCAGCUAGCAAGUAAGAACUCGGUCCUCUUGCUGGUUGUUAAUGGUUAAAGUCCUUUAGACCUAUACAUCACCUAUGACCAUUCCUGCAUGGGGGCCAAGUUCUCACUAAAAAUUAAAGGAGACUAUAAAAUAAUUUUAUAACAGUUUGAGUUUAGUUGUAAUCAAUUCCUCUCCCCUACAUACGUGUUUACAGACACAGCAGAAUUAUGUUCUUUGGAGUUCAUCUUUAGCAGGCCAACCUAUGAUAAGUAAAAAUGUAAUUUCAUUAAAAUGAACCCGUUUGGCAAGAAAUCUCAAAAACUGAGUUCAUUCCCCUUUGCAAAUGUUUGGUUUUCAACAUUUUUUUAUGUAAGUUUUCUCUUUCCAAAAUGACUAUAUUUUGGGUGACAUAAAUAUGGAGACAAAAUAAAAAGCAUGUCUAUAAAUAGUGGAACACUAGCAGUUUUCAUUUAAUGCUUUUAUAAAUUUAGCUGUUAUUUCAAUAGUACCCAACCAAAGACGAUUAAGACUCUAUUUUGUUCACACAGAAAAAAAAGUAAGAAAAUGAGAUGUUAAAAUGGUUGCACCUCUCUGGAUGCUGAAAUUUCAGUGUAGGUGUAUUUUUGUAAAUAUGACAGAAUUUGUGAGUAUAUUCCUUACAUUUUAGAAAUAUUCAACAUAGUCUUAUACUUGGUAAUGAUAUGAAUGUUGUGUAUAUAUUUAAAAUUCAGACAAUGGCUGUUAUCAAAUUCCUUUCAGGGUGGAAAUAAAAUUUGGUUUGGGAGCUGCACUUUUGGAAUACUGAGAAGGAACAACAAAAAAAAAAAGUAAAAAUAGGUGUUAAGGCAGACUAAGAAGUCAAUGAAAUACACUGCUAUCUGAAGUGUACCACAUAACUAUAAAACAUGGUUUUCCUCUUGGACUCAGCACUGUCACUUGGAGAUAAGCUUUUUAUAUUUUAUGCAGAAAUAUUUAAGACGUUAAAAGGUUGUUGUAAAGUUUUUAUGCCCCUUGCAGAAUUCGUAUCCUGUAUAAAACCUGUGUGUUAUUGUGACUCCUACUGUGAUGGUAAAUCAUUGGAAUCUACCUAAUAAUUCAAUUACAUAUUUAUGAUUGAGCUCAUAUGUUAAAGCCAUUAAUAAAGUAUCUUUUAUGUAGUGAUUUUAAUGUUAAAAUAAAGAGAAUUUAUGGAA